AUGGCGCUCGCUGCAAUUGGUCAAAUUACGAGCACACAGAAUUUCUCGCACAAUCUUGCUCAAUGCCGUGUGGUGAUAGAGAAGGCGAAGGCUGCUGGAGCGAAGGCUGUGUUCCUUCCUGAGGCUAGUGAUUACAUUGGUCGCGACCAGACUGAGACCAUCUCUUUGUGCAAACCAGUCAGCAAGUCGGAGUUUGUUCUCGGACUGCAAGAAGAUGCUAAGAAGCACAAAUUGCCAAUCUCAGUCGGUAUUCAUGAGCCAAGCGAUGACCCAAACAGCAAGCGCAUCAAGAACACUCUAAUCUGGAUUGAUGAGCACGGAGAGAUAAGUCAACGAUACCAGAAAGUCCAUCUUUUCGAUCUCGAGAUGAAAGAUGGCCCGAUCAUGAAAGAGUCCAAGAUAAUUGAGCCAGGGAACGAGAUUCUGCCACCUUUCCCCAGUCCAGUGGGCAAGAUCGGUUGUAUGAUAUGCUUCGACUUGAGGUUUCCAGAAAUCGCGCUGGCCUUGAAACGCCAGCAUGCUGAUAUCCUACUCUAUCCCUCUGCUUUCACUGUGCCAACGGGAAAGGCUCAUUGGCUAUCGCUUCUACGUGCAAGAGCAAUUGAGUGCGAAUGCUAUGUAAUAGCUGCGGCACAAGUUGGUGCGCACAGUGAGAAGCGCAUUAGUUACGGGCACAGCGUUGUCAUUGAUCCGUGGGGUGAGGUGGUUGCUGAGCUCGGGGGCGAAAAGAAGGACGAGCCUGAGGUCAUUCUGGCAGAGAUUGAUUUCAAUAAGCUUAAGAGAAUCCGCGAGCAGAUGCCACUUCUACGAAGAGUUGACGUGUACCCAGAGGUCUAG